GCAUUGGCUCGAAGCAAAAACAGGAUGAUAAAAAUAGGUUGCUUUGACUUUAGACUCUACGGCGUGUGUUCAUCUCAAACAAUGAACUUAUUAACCACGAUAACCUUUGCGUGGGCGCUGAGGGAAAAUGUAUGUUAGGGGUCGAUGCGCAUGUUUGACAAAAAAUUUUAACAUGCGAAACACUACAAACGUCACAGCACGGUAAAGUACCGCAGAUUGCUUUCACUUUCGACUCGAAGUGGCAUGUCCGUCUCUUUUCUCCCUCAGCUGGAAUCUGACGAACCUCACUGAUUUCAUUCCGGAAUAGAUCAACAGUCUACAGUGAGAAGACCCCCAAGUAAGUGUACAAUUAGUAGACAAGUAGUUUAGCGACGGCCAUUUCAGAAUCGAACUAAACGGUUCUGUAUGUGUACUGCUUGCUAUAUUUGCAUUACAAACAGAAGACCGGUGAGGGGAGAGGGUUUAACGAUUGCUUUCACAUUAGCAUUAAAAUCCAUUUGGUGUUGGAACCGUCUACGGCUAAACCGAACGGUCAAAAACAUCUAUUUUUUUAAAAUUCAAUCAAGGAAUAAUAUCUUGUUCUGCGCCUCGUAUUGUGUGCUUGUCUUGAGGUGCAGACAACGUACAACAGAGAUAAAGGCACUGUCAGUUUACAAGGCAGUGAUGUUUAAAAAUAAUCCAGUAGGGCACUUUAAGACAUUAGGCUAAAAAUGCGUUAUUUUGUGAAGCUGAUACUAUAAUGAACAUAGUGGUACUCAUAAAAGGGGCCCUUUCUUAAAUCUACUGCAGCUGUUAUUUUGGGGAAAGAAACACAAAAGGAAUACCUGGAAUACGGUAAGCGAUUUGUCUACGUUUUCGCGGAAAGCAAGCACAUGACCCCAAAACGAAAUGGUUCAGUGAUGGUUCCAAACGUUUCCGCUACUUUUCGAUCUAUGACGCUAAAAAAACAAAAACAAAUUCAAAGUUUUCGCUGCGCCUAGGUCCAGUCAGAUCACAAUUCCGUCCCAAAACGUUUUGAGUGAAUUCCAGCUAAUUAAUUUAAUACACCAGCACCAUAUGUUACUUUAACGAGAUUGUGCUCAAUGAAUAAAUCCCCCAACCCCCCCCCCCCCCUUCAUCCCGUUUCCGCCUUAGGAGUUUUUUGCGGUUAAGUUUUCUAGCAAGUAUAAAAAAAGUCUUCUUACAAAAACAUCUUUGUUGCUAUUUCCCUAAAUUCAAUAUUGUCAAGUCCCAUUAUGGCUCAUAUUGUUCAUAAAAUUGGGUUAAGAAUCAAUUCAUGGUCAUAUUUAUUUUUGUUACAAGACAUUGAUAUGCAUGGUUAGACGAAGGCGAACAGCGACGAGUCAAUAUGCAUUCCGCUCUUGAGAACUUGAAUACAGUAGAGACAACAAGAAGUGUAAAUACGCCAUGCAUAUCGUAAUAUCUUCUUCUUUUGAACAAACUUCCAGAUCUGACAUUGAAACCCAGAUAAACCCAUAAACCCAUAAUUAUAAGGGUUUCGAAGUAAAUACUGUGUUUGUUGUCAGCCUCUAAGUUCUUCAGGGCCAAAGCGAAACGGAUCAAUGUUUCAAAUUCAAAUCCGUAAUAGGUGCACUAGUUUAAGAUAUUGUAAUGUCGAAUUGUUUAGAUUAAAGUCAGUAACGUUUCAAUGCUGGCACUUUGCAAUUACCUUACUGCCACCCGGAAAGCGCCUCAGUGGGCUUAUUUUUACAAUUUUAAAUAAAAAUCCUGUCCGUCUUCGCUUAAAUAAGCUUUACUGACCAGACGGUAGAGACAAUCCUUCUUUUCGGACCGGUCUUUAACCAAUUGCUCUAUUCAUAGAAAUGGCUAAAAAUGAGAUUGCAACACGUCAAAGAUUUAGUUAAGAGUUCUGCAUUUUUGUUUUUGGCGGAUGAUGCGAAACAAUUUUAACCUUUCUUUCUUGCUUUCAUUUAUUUCCGUUGCCAAUCUUUCCAUCCUCCACAGACGAACAGAAAGCCUGUUUAAAAGGUACGUAAAAGAAGACUUAACUCCGUUCUUCAAAUUAAAUCAACUCCUAAACCGUGCUUGCUCUCAAGGAUAGUAUAUUUUGUAUUUGUAUUUUGUAUUUAUUUUACCACACAGAUAAAUUGCAUGAUUACAAAAACAAAAAAAUACAAAGUGUAGAAAGUAAUGGCGAGGAGGCCUAAAGGAAACUAUAAAGCCCAUGAUGUUAACUAGGCCUCAAUCACAAUUUCUCGAAGAUGAACUAAAAAUUACGGCGACUGAUACAAUUACUAUCAAAGGAAAUUAAUAAAAGUAACAAUAUAUUAAGGAAGUGUACAGAUGAUGAAUAUGAAACAGUUUUUUAACACGAAUGUCGACAUCAUUUUAAUCAUGUUGCUGCAAUUCACAUCAGCGCCUAAACCAUAGUCGACUCCCUUGUUAUAUGUCUCUUAAAAGAUCUUUGAUUCUAUUCUUAAAAAGCUUGUCUCGCCUUUUCGAACAACACAUUGUUUUUCCUUGUUAGCGUAGAUUGAGAAGUUUCCCAAAAUACUCAACCAAGGAACACCUGCUAUAUUUAGUAAAUGAGUGUACUGUCGCAAUUUGUAAUAAUCAUCGCACUUUGUAAUACCUGUCGCAAUUUGUAAUAAAUCCAUCGCACUUUGCAAUACCUGUCGCAAUUUGUAAUAAACCGUGUCGCACUUUGUAAUAAAAAAGGUGUCGCAAGUUGUAAUAACAGUCCAUCGCACAUUGUAAUAAACUAAGCUGUCGCAAUUUGUAAUAAUUCCUUCGCACUUUGCAAUAAGUUUUUGAGAGUGAUUCAACUUACUUUGUCAACAUUAAUAUAAUGCCAAAAUAUGCAUGGUACUUCAUAAACAAAGAUGAUGACGUCUGCUAGCAUGUAACAUGUCCGUAACAUUUUCUUUGGUCAAACAUGCAUGUCUUCCGCUAUAAAUUUUUCUGCCUUGAUUAAUCACGUGACUACCUAGAAACGCUUUUAUGAAAGACAUGAAAUAUGAAAAAUGAGAUUGCAACACGUCUAAGAGUUAGUUAAGAGUCCUGCAUUUUUGUUUUUUGGCGCAUGAUGCCUGGAAACCAGGCUGCUUUGGCAAUAAACCAUCGAAUCAAUGGUCGAUGGUAAAUUGAAAGGCGAAUUUCCAACUCUUGAAACCACAGAAAUGAAUUAUAAUUAACGAGUACAGAUUGGGUCUUAACUAACCCUCGAAUAUACUGGGACACCCCCUCACCCCACCCCACCCCCCCUCCCCCACCUAUUUUGUAAGAUAUCAAAAGCUUUUUGAGGUAGAACUUCUUCUUCCCAGUAACUGUCGUUUAUUCCUUGACACUCAAUGAGUUUUGGUAUAUAUCAACAAACAGGAGGCUCUAUGAUGAAAGAGUCAGCUCGUCAACUGACAGAAGAUCAAGGAAUUUGAUUUUUGAGUCUGAAAAUGAAUUACCUCAAUUUUUAAAAAUUGAAGGAGCAUUUUUCAGUUUGUAAGGACCCCAAUUUCCAGAUCAUUAUAUUGCUACUCGAUGAUAAAUUUUGUCCAGAUGCCAACCCUUAAAUAUCUUGUAUAUCUGGGUGACAAGGCUUUGCACCCAAUUUUUCUAUCAAUUAUUUCUUCAAAAAGAUACCAACUGAGAGCAGUAGAAAAAGAGUACAAACAGGAAUUGGUGACAGAAAAUUCAAAGCCUGUAAGGUCCAUGGCAGAGAUUUUACGACAAUCGUGAAAAUUCUUAAUUUACAAGAUUUAUGUGUAGAACCACAGAACCCUGAUGGCUUAUGUGAGAUGUUCUUCCAGUACAAAUCCUUGUGACAGCCGUCAUUGUAACUAUCCUGCGUAGUUUUUUUCUUCUUGUUAGUUCAAUUACCACCCAACAAUUCAAUAACCACACCGUACCAGUAGUUCAAUGACCACACAUUAGUUCAUUGAGCGUAAACUACGUACAUGUAGCUGUGGAAAAAAUAGCCACAAACACGUUACAUAUUUUUUUUAAUUAGAAUGUAUAGCAUUAAGUAAGUGAUACAUACUCAUUUAUAAAUAAAUACUCAUACAAGAACUAAAUUUACAAAUAGGUAUCGUACACUGUUAUUAAGUUUUAGUGAGCUCAUUAAAAUAGAUAGGAACAUAGAUUGAUGUUAAUUAAGAAGUUCUAGUCUGCUCAGAGGGUCUGUCAUUCUCAUCAGGGGCACAGUGAACAGACCUGGAAAGAGAGUAGUAAGCGCUGAAAAGGGAAAGCUAACUCGGUCUGGAGAAAAAUUCGGAUGCUAAAUAAACCGACAGAGGGCGCGUUGAUGAAGCAGAAAACAUAACAGUUAGCGGUGGAUGAAACCUUGUUUUGACUCUCUUUCCGCACGUUUCAAACUGUGGUACCACAGCUCUAAGACAGACGAGAUUGAAAAUUUUUUCCGCCCCCUCCCCCUCCCCCCCUCCCAAUAAAUUUCAAGGAUGGGAAAAUGGCGCGUUUUGGCUUUUGCGCGGCUUCAUCCUUCGGCAUGGGGUGGAGUGGGCUUUGUUGUUCCAUUCUAUUCUGCCCAAGAUUGUUGUCAAUAUUACUUUGAGGUGGGUUUAUGAGGAGAAAAAUACGUGCCGGUCAUCAAAUGAGCAUUGGCUCGGAGCAAAAACAGAAUGAUAAAAAUAGGUUGCUUUGACUUUAGACUCUACGGCGUGUGUUCAUCUCAAACAAUGAACUCAUUAAACACGAUAACCUUUGCGUGGGCGCUGAGGGAAAAUGUAUGUAAGGGGUCGAUGCGCAUGUUUGACAAAAAAUUUUAACAGCAAAACACUACAAACGUCACAGCACGGUACGGUACCGUACAUUGCUUUCACUUUCGACUCGAAGUGGCGUGUCCUUCUCUUUUCUCUUGACCCUUAGCUGAAAUUUCACUGAUUUCAUUCCGAAAAAAAUCAACAGUCUACAGUGAGAAGACCCCCAAGUAAGUGUACAAUUAAAAGACAAGUAGUCUAACGACGGCCAUUUCAGAAUCGAACUAAGCGGUUCGGUAUGAGUACUGCUUGCUAUAUUUGCAUCACAAACAGACGGCCGGUGAGGGGAGAGGGUUUAACGUUUCCUUUCAAAGUAGCAUUAAAGGAUCCAUUUGGUGUUUGAACCGUCUCUGGCUAAACCAAAUGGCGACAAGCAUCUAUUUUUUAAAAUGUUAAUCAGGGAAUUAUAUCUUGUUCUGCGCCUUGUAUUGUGUGCUUGUCUUGAGGUGCAGACAACGUACAACAGUCAACAGAGAUAAAGGAACUGUUUUAAAAGGCAAUGAUGUUUAAAAAUACAGUAAUCCAGUGGGGCACUUAAAUGGCUUAAAUGCAUUAGGCUAAAAAUGCGUUAUUUUGUGAAGCUGAUACUAUGAACAUAGUGGUACUCAUAAAAGGGACCCUUUCUUAAAUCUACUGCCCUUAUUUUGGGGAAAGAAAGACAAAAGGAAUACCUGGAAUACGGCAACCGAUUUGUCUGCGUUUUCGCAGAAAGCAAGCACAUGACAUGCUAUUUUUCGAUCAAUGACGCUAAUAGCCUGGGCGCAGACGAGUUUAGUUAUCGUCUGCACGCAGGCUAUCACGCUAAAAAACCAAAAAUAUUCAACGUUUUCGCUACGCCUAGGUUCAAUGAUCACAAUUCCAUCCCAAAACGGACCAAAACGAUUUGUGUGAAUUCCUGCUAAUUAAUUUACUGCAUAAGCGCCUCAUGUUAUUUUAACCAGAUUGUGCUUAAUGAAUACUCCCCCCCCACCCCCCUGCAUCCCGUUUCCGCCCCAGGAGUUUUUUUGCGGUUUAGUUUUCUAGCAAGUUUAUAUUGGUUUUCUUGAAAAAACAUCUUUGUUGCUAUUUCCCUAAAUUCAAUAUUGUCAAGUCCCAUUAUGGCUCUUGCUAUUGUGCAAUAAAUUGGGUUAAAAAUUAAUUCGUGGUCAUAUUUAUUUUUUGUUACAAGACAUUGAUAUGCAUGGUUAGACGAAGGCGAACAGCGACGAGUCAAUAUGCAUUCCGCUCUUGAGCACUUGAAUACAGUAGACAACAAGAAGUGUAAAUACGCCAUGCAUAUCGUAAUGUCUUCUUCUUUUGAACAAACUUCCAGAUCUGACAUUGAAACCCAGAUAAACCCAUAAACCCAUAAUUAUAAGGGUUUCGAAGGAAAUACUGUGUUUGUUGUCAGUCUCUAAGUUCUUCAGGGCCAAAGGGAAACCGAUCAAUGUUUCAAAUUCAAAUCUGUAAUAGGUGCGCUGGUUUAAGAUAUUGUAAUGUCGAAUUGUUUAGAUUAAAGUAAGUAACGUUUCAGUGCUGGCACUUUGCAAUUACCUUACUGCCACCCGGAAAGCGCCUCAGUGGGCUUAUUUUUGCAACAUUCGUCAAAUAAAAAUCCUGUCCGUCUUCGCUUAAAUAAGCUUUAGUGACCAGAAGGUAGAGACAAUCCUUCUUUUCGGACCGGUUUUUCCACCAAUUGCCCUAUUCAUGGAAAUGGCUAAAAAUGAGAUUUCAACACGUCUAAGAGUUAGUUAAGAGUCCUGCAUUUUUGUUUUUGGCGCAUGAUGCCUGGAAACCAGGCUGCUUGGGCGAUAAACCAUCGAGUCAAUAGUCGAUGGUAAAUUGAAAGGAGAAUUUCCAACUCUUGAAACCACAGAAAUGAAUUAUGAUUAACGAGUACAACUAACUAACCCUCGUAUAUACUGGGACACCCCCUCACCCCACCCCCACACCUAUUUUGUAAGAUAUCAAAAGCUUUUUGAGGCAGAACUUCUUCUUUCCAGUAGCUGUCGUUUAUUCCUUGACACUCAAUGAGUUUUGGUAUAUAUCAACAAACAGAGGGCUCUAUGAUGAAAGAGGCAGCUCGUCAACUGACAGAAGAUCAAGGAAUUUGAUUUUUGAGUCUGAAAAUGAAUUACCUCAAUUUUUAAAAAUUGAAGGAGCAUGUUUCAGUUUGUAAGGACCCCAAUUGCCAGACCAUUAUAUUGCUACUCGACGAUAAAAUUUUUUCCAGGUGACAACCCUUAAAUAUAUAUCUGGCAGAGAUUUUACGACAAUCGUGAAAAUUCUUAAUUUACAAGAUUUAAGUGUAGAACCACUGAACCCCGAUGGCUUAUAUGAGAUGUUCUUCCCCACAAGUAUGGUAGAUUCUUUUAGAUUAAGCCUAGCGAUGCCAUGUAAUAGACCUUUUUACCGAUACGGCGGCCAUAUUGAAUUAACUUGAUUUAAGGAGUAUUAUAGGAUGCCCAGGGGGCAUGAGCACAUUUCGUUUGUAUUUUCGAGCGCUUCUCAGGACAUUUUUUUCUUAAAGUUUUCUUAGAAUAAGAUUGUAAUGGGAAAAAAGAUCUUUGUGCUGUGUUUUGAUGUAUAUAAUGAUCAUAAUGUUUCAGGCUCUCAGAUAGUAGGGAAGACGCGUAAGAGAAAGGCACGCGUGAUCGCGCUUUCUUAAUUCCCGGAACAGGCCAGUGGGUGGGAACCUGGGAUGGUUAUGGGAGGCGGGAGGAAGCGGAAGAGGAAUGCGUAAUAUUUCGCAAUCGGAAAGGGGCAGGAGCCGAGAAUGCAAGGUAAGGGAGAAGGAAGAUUUGAACCCCCUACCACUCCUCCCUCCCCAGUAUACAAGCCAAAAGCUGCUUGAGGUAAGCUUCAAGUAAGUUUGUACAAGCUAAAAGCUCUUUUAGCUGGCUCAGCCACAAAGAAAAAACAGCCCCACGAUGCAGUACAAAAUCCAUACCCCGGCCACUAUUACCGAUAGAAUUCAGUCAAGUUACAAUCUAAAACAGAACCUGUGUCUGAACCGUCUCCGGUUUAACCGAAUGGCCACAAACAUCUAUUUUUUAAAAUGUUAAUCAAGGAAUAAUAUCUUGUUCUGUGGUACUCAUAAAAGGGGUCCUUUCUUAAAUCUUCUGCCGUUAUUUUGGGGGAAGAAACACAAAACGAAUACCUGGAAUAAGGCAAGCGUUGGCGUGCAUACAUAUUGUGGACCGGCAACUGCCAUAGUGUCAAAAUUGGGUACAAUAUUGCAUUACGCUACCCCUGGGUUCAACUUUUUGUUUUGUCUCUCAUAUCAGCAUUCCCCCGUCGUUACGAGGUUGUUGAGAUCAGCUGAAACCCUUCAAAGGGAAAAAGCUCAAUGAUUGUGCACAAUAUAUAUAGGAUCAUUUCAGGUGCUGUACAUGAUUCUCCUGCUAAACCGCUGGCCAUUUGAAUGCGCGCCAUUCCGCCAUUUUGUAGCCAUUUUGUGAUUUCUCUUUCUUCCAUUUUCGUCCUCUUAUCGUAUCAUUUUAUAUUUUAAGUGUCAGAAGAGACUUAAAGUUAGGUUUUUUGGGAGGAGAAAAUGCGAUAAAAUCUGCAGUAAGUAGAAUGGACUUUCUUGAUUUGGGAAGGUAAGUGUGUUGCUCUUGUUUUGAAGAAAUACAGCUGUCAGCUUUGACAGCCUAAGGGAAAGUUCAUUUAAUAUGACAAGGGGGGGGGAUGAAGAUAUUGAGGGGGGGCUCCGAAAAUUUUUAGACACCCGAAGGGGGGGGGCUCUGAAAAAAUUGUUGCGCUAGGAGGGGGGCUCCGAAAAUUUGUAUACUUCAAAACCAACACAUGACAUCAUCAUACAGAUCGGAUGGUUUUCAACUCAACAAUUUAAUGACCUGUGCAACUCAGCUAUAUCACGUGGUUUACAGAUAUAACAAAUGUAGUCUCAGUAAUUAUUACACUCUUGUUCAUCCCAAAAAUGCUUUAGAAAAUUGUAUCACAACUGUAUCUCAAGUUUGUCAUAGUAUAAACCAUUGAAGACAAUAAUGGUAAAUAUAUUUAAUACAGUCUAGUGAUCUUUUUUCAGGGGAGCAAAGGAAUUGAAGGAGGAGGGGGGGGGGGGCUCUGAAAUUUUUUCGACUACCAAGGAGGGGGCUCCUAAAAAAUUGAACCGCUAGCGAGGGGGGCUGCUAAAAUUUCAAGCUUCGAGUUUCAAUAUCUUCAUCCCCCCCCCCCCCUUGUCAUAUUAAAUGAACUUUCCCUAAUAUGCGAGCAUGCACAUUUGAAAGAUCGCUUGCAUGCUGUUUUCUGUUGCUAGUUCAUAGCUUAUAGUGUCAGACUAGUUCAACUGGAAAUGAAUGUUUUGUUAACAAAAACCAUGCAAGGAGUAAUAUAGCGAGUGCUUUGACAAGAUAAGAUUUAAAUGACUUAUGGUAAGGCCAUCCCCCUUUUUUCUUCGUUUAGCGUCGUCCGACCGACCCAAAAUUUUGGCAUUUUUAAAAAAAAAAAAAACAAAGUAGCGUUGUAGUUAAACCAUUUUUCACUUGAAAUAAUUCUUUUAAUCUGAAAAAUGAGCAUAUAACAGCAUAGAGAAAAACAGGAAAUUCCUGUUUUACAUUAUAUUGUGCAUUUUGUUGAUCCAAAUAUGUGACCUUUCAUGCGAAAACGUGCUAUAACGACUUUCCGUUAAACAGGUGAAAUGAACGGCCAUCGAACGGGUUACAAACGGGUCACCAAGCCGUUUUAAACGGGUUUCAAUGAGUGUUCGAACGGGUGAUUAAGUAUUCCGAACGGGUAGCUUAGCCGUUCGAACGGCUCGGGGAAAAUUGCGAACGGGUAGCCUAACCGUUCGAACGGGCACAGGCAGCCCAAGCGCACUAUUUGUGGGUUCGGGCUUCAGAGGUCAUUUGGUCGGAAUAUACUAGCAUUAUUAGUGUAUUAUCUGAUGCCAAAUAAAUGCAAAAAGUCUUAAAGAUAUGAAGUCUUCUUGUUUGUCUAUCGGUACUAGUAGCCUUUAAGAUAACGAAAAUCGAUAUUUUUUGCAUUUUUCCAUGUGAUUCGGGCCCUUAUUGAUCGAAUUUUAUCACAUGUAUUCGAAUCUACAACGCUAAGGAAAAAAAAAUCAUGAUCACGCGAAAUAUUGAUUCAAAAAGCUCCCUUACCUUUAGUUCAUAGCCACUCUGUGUCCUACGGCUGGUUUAAACGCCGUUUAGUCGACUUUCUUUCCAUCGAGUACUGUCCCUUCUUUUAUAGUGUUCAGUACUCGAUGGAAAUAAAGUCGACUAAACGGCGUUUAAACCAGCCGUAGGACACAGAGUGGCUAUGAACUAAAGGUAAGGGAGCUUUUUGAAUCAAUAUUUCGCGUGAUCAUGAUUUUUUUUUUCCUUAGCGUUGUAGAUUCGAAUACAUGUGAUAAAAUUCGAUCAAUAAGGGCCCGAAUCACAUGUAAAAAUGCAAAAAAUAUCGAUUUUCGUUAUCUUAAAGGCUACUAGUACCGAUAGACAAACAAGAAGACUUCAUAUCUUUAAGACUUUUUGCAUUUAUUUGGCAUCAGAUAAUACACUAAUAAUGCUAGUAUAUUCCGACCAAAUGACCUCUGAAGCCCGAACCCACAAAUAGUGCGCUUGGGCUGCCUGUGGAACGGGUCGUAGAACAUUCCGAACGGGUAACCAAACCGUUCGAACGGCUCAUAAAAAAUUCCGAACGGGUAACCAAACCGUUUGAACGGCUCAUAAAAAGAUUCCUAACGGAUAUCUAAACUGUUCGAACGGCUCAGAAAAGAAUUUCGAAAGGGCGAUCUAAACGUUCGAACGGCUCAUGAAAUCUUCGAACGAGCAGUCACGAACGGCUUACAAACUUGAUGAUUGUAAUUUGUUUUGUUUAUUUCGAAUGGUGCCGUGCCGCUACACAUCUCACUUAAAAUUAAUUUCGAACGGAUGGCUUUCAAUCGUUGAAACUGCUCCUGUUUAUUUCACCACUGAAAGCCAAAGAAAGUAAACUUGAAAUGCAGAGAACAUUCGUAACUGAGUUUGCUUAAGCGGAACUCGAAAGAAAAUCAACGGCGAAUGCAAACUUGCAAAGUAUUUGCGGUGAUGUUUUUCCUAGCUUUCUUACAGAACAAAUACCCAACUUUUUGUUCCCGAUACAUUUUCAAAUUGUAUGCUAUGCUGACCUUUACUUUUGACUAUGACUCAAACACAUUGCCGUCAGUUCAGUUCGGUUGCGUGUCAUUACACCGAUCUCGAUAAAUUUGCAUACAAGUUACACAACAGUGACAGGUAACACAACACCAGCCAAUCGCAUCAAUCACUUUGACAGUCGGACGCAAAUUCAGGGCGUCAAAACAACAUGGUUGUUGUCUCAGUGCAUGCUUUCAUUCAGUGGAUUCUCUUCGAAAUAAGAGGAAUACACAAGGCAGACUCAUGAGAUUUCGGUGUUCAGAAAAUCAUUUAUGUGCUUAUCACAACCAUAGUUAUACCGGUAAUGUUUAUAAACCGCAUUGUAACACAGGGUAGAAUUUAAGAAGUUCGCUUCUACUAGCGACUGAUUACCGUAUGUUUAGAAGUGCAAAAUAUAUUUUCUGCAAGAGCUCUUCGCCUGUAAUAAUAACUUUGCGAGAAGUUUUUAAAGAAAUUUACAAUAUCGCAGUUUUCAUUUGUAAUUUACUCACGCAGCGGUUCAGACUGUUCAAGUGAUCGGAGGGCUUUUUUUCCGUAAGUGACAAUUCGUUAUCAAGAACACGCGAGUACACGAACAGGAAAAGACAACCGCUCUUAUGACUGUCUCAUACUCAAGUCGUUUGAACGGAUGGAUGUUCCAGCGAACGGGUGAGCAAGUCGUUCAAACGGUUGGAUGUUUUUAACAAACGGGUGAGUAAGUCGUUCGAACGGUUGGAUGUUUUUAUCGAACGGGUGAGCAAGUCGUUCGAACGGAUGGAUGCUUUUACCAAACAGGUGAGCAAGUCAUUCGAACGGCUGGACGUUUUUAUCGAACGGGUGAUCAAGCCGUUCGAACGGAUGACCCAGGUCGUUCGAACGAAUGCAAAUUUCUUUCAAACGGCUUUCAAACGGGUUCUAAACAGAAUUCCGUUCGAAAACGGAAAGCUGUUAUUGCACGUUUUCGCGUGCAAGGUCACAUAUGUUAAAGGAACAGUAUCCUGUUACUGCGCAUGCACCAACUUUGAUUUUUGGACAGGAUGUCGCAAAAUCAAAAGAUGUGAGGAGAGUAGGAGAACAUUGAAAAAUCCGUUUGCAUCGCCCUUGACCGAGUUCAGUACAACGCUAAAACUUCUCAGAAUUAGUGAUCAAUGACUAUUGCAAUAGUCUCCUAUAUGACAUCCCAAAAUACCAGAGAGAUAAGUUACAAAGAAUUCAGAAUACCGCAGCUCGAAUGAUAACAGGAGCCCGCAGCUCUGACCACAUUACACCUUUAUUAAAGAGCCUGCACUGGCUUUAAGAUUGUUCUUAUCACAUAGUAAGAUCUUAAAUGGACAAUCUGCUGGAUAUCUGGAACCUCUGAUUAAGGAUUAUCAUCCAUCAAGAGCUCUACGAUCAUCAUCCCAUUCGCUAUUAUGCACCCCAGCCAUAAAAUCCAAAACAUAUGGAGGACACGCGUUUUCCACUGCAGCACCUCAGUUAUGGAACACUACCCCAGAAUAUAUCAAAAAUUGGGACACUGUUACAACAUUUAAAACAAAACUUAAAACAUUUCUAUUCAGGAAAUGUUUCAAUUGAUUCUCAUGCUUAACAUUUUAGGGUUUUGUUAAAAGUUUUACAAUACUUGAUUAUUGAUUUUCAUGCCUUACAUUUUAGGAUUUUUAAGUUUUACAAGUUGGUUUUAAAGUUUUUACAAACAUGAUAACAUUUUAGGAUUUUUUUUAAAGUUUUACAAUACUUGAUGUAUAAUGUUACAAUUGAUUUUCAUGCUUAAGGUUUUAGGAUUUUUAAAGUUUUACAAUGAGGAUUUUUAAAGUUUUACAAUACUUGAUGUAUAAUGUCACAAUAGGCUAGAACUGUAAUGAUCUUCAAUCGGCUUUCAUAAUGUAAAGCGCAUUGAGGAUAGAAAUGCACUUAAUAAGAAUCUAUAUUAUUAUUAUUAUUAUUAUUAUUAUUAUUAUUUAAUGUUCCUGUUGAGUUUCGAUUUGGGCGAAAUCGGGUUUUUCUUGGCGUUACUUUUAUUGCCGUUGGCGGGAGGACAAAAGAUGGGAAGCGUUUUGAUGCCGAUUGAAGACUUAAUUUCUUCUGCCAGCUUCAAUACAGGCUCAGAUAAUUGUGUAAGGAAUACGCAGAAAUGAAACAGCAACAAUAAAGACAGUAAGAAAGAAACCAUUGAGGCAUUGAUGUGACUGUACUGAGGAGAUCUGGUGAAAGUAGCUUCGUGAGGCAGAUUGUUUUGCAACGACAUCUUAGUAAACUUUCACUCCCUACAGCUGACAAAAUCAAACAAACAGGCACUACAUGUUUAGAAAAACUAGUGCAACGAAAUCAUAAUAUAAUUUUUGACUAACCUUUGCGAUGAUUCAUAGCGAUGAGAUUGCAUUUUUAUUUAUCUUUCAAACGCUUGAGGCUAGAAUGCGAGCAAAUCAGGUAAAUAUCACUGGGCUUGGAACAACUGACCUCUAACACGAGUUUCACAUUAGAAAAGCGGUUUUUAAAGCGAGCGGAACAAGAUUUUUGGGUCGCGAGACGGCCCUGCUGGCGAUGAAAUUGUGAUGAGUCCUCGUGCCACUAGUCAAAUUUUAAAUAAGAUGAAAGACUUCUUUGAAAGUCUAAAAUAUUACUUGAGAAUAUAAACAACAAAACCCCGUCGGCAGUGCGGUCCGGAAGGAAAUCUUGUCAAGUCAAUAUGACAGUUCUAUUGUCUUUUGAAGAAAAAACAAGUGAUGCUCGCGCAUGCGCAUAAUAGGGACACUGUCCCUUUAAUGUUAACUUUUAACGUCGUCCUGGGGUACCAGGGCCUCCUAUUCCCAUACUUUUUGUAAUUUUUUUUUAGGUUUCUUUUUUUUGUCAAUCUGACCAACCGACCCAAUAUUAGGAAACGCAUUCGACGCCAAACGAAAGAAAAAGGGGGAUGGCCUAAGGUCACAGAAGAAUAGACCUUUUCACGGUUUAUGAUGCCAUCUUCGCCAGGGGGCAAACAUGGCUAAAAUUACAGUGAAUGUACGGAAUUUUGGCCCACAUGGAAAUGCUAUAACGCUGCUACAAAGAGGCAGAUUUCCAACAUUUGCUACUACUUUAAAUAGUUUUAUUGAUAUCUUUCAGUCAACAGAAAAUAAGGCUAUUAAAGAAGGUACAACGUCUGUGAAUUAGAAUUACAUGUAUAAAUCUUCUCAUGUGGCUUCUAAUUUCAUGGUAAUUUGCAUGAUGUUGAUUAGAAGGGUUUGUAUGAAAUCUUGAAAAUUUGUUUACAGUCGUUAUAACCUGAAUCUCUUCCUUAUACUUUAUAAAAAUAAUCUCAGUACAAAUGUAAAAAUAUUUAAAAUAUAUUUCCCUGUGGAAAUCCGCCUCUUUGUAGCAGCAUUAUAGCGGUUCCAAGUGGCCCAAAAUCCCAUACAUUCACUGUAAUUAUUUUUGUUUUCCGAAGGAAUGAUGUUUUACAUUCACAUAGCCGUUCAGAAAUUCGCACCGUCGAUCAGUGAUUGCGAUGCAGUGUUCUGUAACUAGUUGAAUUGCCAGCUUCGGCAAUCAAUAUUUCUGGUUUCAAAGAUUUAUCCUUCACGUACAGUGUAUGUAGCCUUUGCUCACCAUGUUCCUAGAUUUUCCCAUAUGAACAGUGCGGCUCAGCAAUUCUGUGAAUUUAGCUUGUCGAGGUUUUAUGCAAAUCUUGAUAAACAUUCUUACGAUAAAAUGUCUUUGUUAAAAAGUAGCAUUUUCACGAGCAUUUGAGUCAACUUGGUAAAUUUACUAUUAAACCCUUUUGUGGAAAUGUGACUUAGAAUGAUUUCAUAAAUGUAAUUUGUAGACUUUCAUCUCCAAGAAAAUUUAAAAACACUUCUCGGUGGCGAUUCUGUGGCUUGUCAUGCUUUCACCGUAUACACACAGUCACACAAUAUUAAAUUUCACGGAAAACUUUAUUUGUCUUACAAAGCGACAUUUUCGUGAGCGUUUGAGUUGAUACAUGUAAGUUUGCCAUGUAAUCAAGUUUCAAACUCGUUCAUGUAAAUGUGGCUUGGAACUGCCAUGUUCAUUCGCACACAAUUGCUCAGCGACCCCAUGAAUUAAUUUAUAAAACUUGCUUUUAUGCAAAUCUAGCUGAUGUCAACGGAAACUUUCUUUGCCGAAGCGAUACUUUAGCAACGAUCAUUUGAGUUUUAAUAAGAGUUUCAAACUCGUUUUGUUUGAAAGAUAGAAAGUCACAGGGAAUGCACAAGCAGGCUAACGAGUCUGGCAGAAAUCGGAAAACAUAGCUGUCAUUUGCCACAUGAUUUGGAGUUUGACUGAUUUGUGAGAUAGAUAAGAUCUAGUUUUCGAAUUGAAGCGUGUGAAUCUGUGAUCUUGUUUUGGAAUGAUUAAAGAAGAUUUAUGGUUGAAAAAAUUGCUUUGAGUACAAUUAUUAACUGAGUCGAUUAGUUAUUGUUUACUUUUAAACAGAGGCUCUUUUUGUUACCGCUAGUGAGAUGUACGAACAAUGGAAAGUGAAAAAGAAUUAUGGCCAUACACUGUGCACAUGCAUGAGUUGUUUCGUUGUUGCUUUCUUUCAAACGGAGGCUCAAUUUUCACCGCUACAUGUAUUGCAUGUAUCUUACGUACAUGUAUGCCUUCAUUUCUAAAAGGCAAGUUUCAAAAGGACUUUUAACAGGAGACCAAAAGCGAACAUUUUGCUUUAAAAGCACGAGCUGUGUCUACACGAAAGCAAAUGAGUCUCACCCAAUGCACAGAGCGGUAAUUUUUAGAAUACAAGGUUAGUGUGCAUGUCAAGUUCACAGUAUUUCUUGACUCAAUAUUUGAAACUCGAUCCUCAAUCAUCAACACUGGAGACUCAAUUCUCGAGACUCGAGACUCCAUCCUUGUAAUUUUCGAGAAUCAAGAAUUCAGUCUCAGGUCUCGAGGAUCAAGACGUGAGUGACUUUCAACUUACUUUGGAGCAGUACUGUUAUCAUCAUCAAACUAUUUAAUAUACUUAUCUCAUACAAUACCUCUAUUCUGUGGACUACAUGUGUGGAGAAAACUUAAAGCCACUGAUUUUUAUAUUACUCUAUUGAAUUCAAUACUCAGUGUAACUAGUUUUUUUGCCAAAAGUCAGAAAUUGAUGUCUAAACUUUACCUUUUCCUGUUUACUUUUACUAUGAAUAUCAACAUGCUGUCAUCCGAGGGUUUUACCUUCAGGAAGGGUAAAGCUUACUGCUGGACACAGUUGACAAUAAUAAAUUGUCCCUUUUAGGGCUUUUAACUUUCUAUUAGAAUCUUUUGAUUAGUCAUGAAAACAUGUCUGUUGACUUCCCUAAUGGGUGUCCUUAUUAAGCAGGUUGAAUUUAGAGAAAAUACAAUGGCUUCACCCCAGGGGGCGGGGUACUUGGGUUAAUUUUUGCUGGGUAUGUACGGCUGGCCUCUCAGAGCCCCUACCCCAUUAUAGUCUAUUCUGUGGCCAAUAAUUAUUAUAUACCCCAUCUUAGUCACUUUUGGGCAAAUAUGUAAUUUUCGGGAUCCCAACUUAUAUUAGUCACUUUCUAUUUUUAUGAAUUGACCCAUGUCUUACCCAAAAAAAUCCGAAAAUGUGCGACCCCAUUCUAGUAACUCUAUUGAAAAUAUGUGAAAAUAUGACACCACUAUAGUCAAUCCAGUCGUGAAAAUGCGACCCCAUACAGCGGCACAUCCCCAUUAGCCUCUAAUAAGGAAGUACCCCCCUCACCCCCCGGGGGCUUCACCCAGAGUCAAAGAAAACUGUCUGUAAUAAGGAAUUGACUGUAAAAAAUGGGUGUCUGUAAAGUGGAGUUUAGCUGUACAUGUAUGUUGAUAGAAUGACUGUAGCAGUUGUCAUAUAACAAAGUCAUGUACUAAUGAUCAACAUGGUCUGUGCUUGAAGACUUCUUUCAACUUUUGAUGUAAGCAUUUGGCCACAGGCAGCCCAUGCUAAAUUUAGCAUACAUUUAGGUGAUUAUAAACAUAACAACAUGUGUGAGGUGUUGUGUUACAAGGUCUUACAACUGAAGGAUUGUAUGGGCUUGCAAAUGUAUGUGAGGUGUUGUUCACAAUGGUUGCUUAAAAGAUUACAAAGGUUUCACUCACCCGUUUGUAUGGGAUCACAACUGAUUUGAUUGAAAAAAGAAAUAACGUUAACUUUUGAACCAUUAUGCUGGAAACUCUGGGGAUGGUAAAUCAUCGAGAUUGGCAAAAAUGGGGCUAAAAUGUGAAAUCAGUUGCAAUAUCCCAUGCAAACCUUCAUAAUCUUCAACCAACCCUUGUGACACAACACCUCACAUAUAUUUGUGAGCUCAUUGAGCUUGGGCUGCCUGUAAUUUGGCUUGCUAUAUAAAAUGGAUGUAUUACUUAAAUGUUAUUUCUUUUGUAGGAUAAGGCGAACUGUGGAACAUUGGUUUGGUUGACUUUUGUAGUAGGAAAUGGGAAGAGACAACAAGUAAGUUAAAAUUUAUGGAAAUUGGUCACUCUUGUUUGCUCAGUAAUAUAAGACAUUUACUAGCCUGCGUAGCAGGCGCUUGGAAGUAGUGGGCGCAAGAAAUAACGGGCGCACGAGAGGGAGACAUGCGAGGGGAGAGGAAGCACCUGCCUGAAAGGCCCACGAAAAAACAUGUAAUUAUUGUCUCCUGCCCCCAGUCUAAUUACCUAGCGGCCGCCACGUGAUCUCACCAAAAUUUUGACAGAAAACGAAUGACCUCACACAAACAAAGCGUGCUGCCAAAAAGCAUUGUACAUUUUAUUCUCAGUCUGAAUAUAUCUCUUAUAGAGAUCAGCUGGAUUAUCUGAUUAUAGAGCGAUGGAGCAUACAAACUGAUGGUUAACACACAGCUUUAACUCGUUUUUAACCACGGGCACAAAAAAUAGGAAAGAACAAAGUCAAAAAUGAGUAUAUUUUCAAGAAUGCAUGCUGUGUAUUAUAAAAAGCUAUUAAAUAUUGUUCUCUGAGCUUACUUAAUCACAACUGUACAGACACCAAUGAUCACAGCAUAUUAUGUGGAAAAUGACCGUAGCUUUUACUGUGCUAAGUGGCAGCAGUUUUUCCAGCAGUCUUACUAAGUGGACCUAAUCUUCAGAACACAAAAUGUACCAAGAUGUUUUCUCCUGCAGUACCGAGACAUAAGCAACAGACCUCAGGUUGCCUCUGAAUUCCGAAUAAAUAUACAAUAGGGUAAGGUUUUUAUGUCCUGGUAAGUGUUUCAUUUCAUCAAUCCUGUCCAAGUUUUGAUGGUAUGCAUUCCAUUGACAACACAAGUCGCCAAGUUCUCCAGAGCAAAGAAUAUUUCCUCUGAUCUUCAUUGCACGAUUUGACAAAUCUUUUGUCUCUCACCACUUCUGUUAAUGUGUAUCUGAUGUGAAUUCUUUCCAAAGUGAAUACCGUUUGAACACUCCAACUUUUCUUUGAGAUUACAGUCACAUAGUCCCAUUAAACCAGACUGAAGUGACCUCCAAGAACUGAACUUUGAUUAUACCAUUUAGUGGUUUCAGGAGCUAUUGGUGUAAUAUAAGACCUUCACUAUGUUGUCCAUGUACUAUUGAUUGACAGUUUUCUCAUCCAACGCAGUAACUUUUUCCCUCGGGAGCCUUUCAACCAAUUGGAAAUAUCCGCACUCACAGAAUGCAGUGCUAGAAAUAAUUUUUCUAACUUAAAAGGACAUGACAUUGAAUUGUGUCCUUUCAAACCUUUAUUUUGAGAAGACAUAUUCCAAAAUUGGUCGGACAUUAAUAAGCAUACCGUAUUUACUCGAAUAAGUGCCAUGGCAUUCAUCACAUUUAUUUGAAAGUUAAAGGCAGUUCAAAUAAUUUUUUUAACUAUGAUAUUGUUAUUUGUCGUAUUAAAUUAACAAAAUUAACGUCUUUUGAUUUUCAUUAUUACGGGGCCAUGGUGCCUAGAGCCAUGGCUCUUGGUGGCAUUUAUUCAAGCCUGGUAAUGCUUUCAAACUGGUUUGCCUCAAAUCUCUUGAUAGUAUAUAACCCUUUUGAAGAACCUGUUCUUCACAUUGGCGACUCUGUUAUUUUUUUAAAAGAAAUAGUCUUUCCUUCAAAAUUUUCAUGAUUCAAGACACAAUUUGCAAAACUCUUAAGCUUUAAAAAAGAAACAAAAUAGUGAUCUAAAUAGACCAGUAGAACGUUUUGAUGUUUGAUGUUUUGGGGAAAUGCUUUAUGAGUUUUGCUACAACACUCUUAUUUGUAUUUGUUACAUUACAUUAUUGUACAUGCUCAUAAAGAAAUUCACUGCUGGUUUUUCUGGAGAAAAAGUGCCCAGGACACCGGUAGUUUUGAAAAUGGCAAUAUUUAUUCAGUUCAGAAAAAAAAAAAUGGUGUACAUGAUUUUAAGUGUACAUGUACUACAAGCCUUGAAUGUAAUAAACAAUACAUUAUUACAAAGGAAUUUUACAGUAAACAAAGCAACCAAAGCAGACAUUUAUUUCAUUGAAAUAUUCCCCAAAUCAGCAAAAUUGCUGCAAUUGCCUUUUGAUGUGAAUUUUUCUUAAAAGAAGGUUGUUUAUGGUUCACAGCUGACUUUAAAGGAAGGCAUUCAUCCUUUGCACUAUUGUGAAGAUAUUUUCUUUUAUCUUUUUCUAUACAUGACUAAAUAAUUUACUUUUGAACAAUGCCUUUUCGUGUGGUUGUUGUUCAAACUGCCGAAGGAAUCGCAUGGAAUGUUUUCCAGUUCGUCUUACAAAGCUUUCUUCAUCUUUCAGAUUGUAGAAAUAACGCAGCCAUUUUAGUUCCAAAGCAUUGUGAUUUCAGCUACAAAAAUAAGAUUUCCAUAUAUGGAAAGUAGAGCCCAGUAAUUCCCUAACAAAAAGAGCUGCUACGUUUCUCAGGAAGACAAAUACAAUAAGUGGACGUUUUCGAGUUUCCUCAAAAUAGAAAGUCUUUCACUGGAAUGUAAAGUUUAUUUUUCAUCAUAGCGUUUUACCUUUUAAUGUUUUCGAAAUCAACUCAGGGAUGUAAACAACCUAUUUAAGAUAAGAGCCAAGUCAAUUACACGUAAGUGCUUGGACAUUAUGUCUGAACAUAAUGCAAUAUUAGUUGGACAUUUACAGCAUUUUGGUCGGACAAUGUCCAAUGUCCAACAGUAAUUUCCAGCUUUGAAGUGCGAGUUGAAACAACUUUUGUGGGUCUUCCGGGCAGGCGCUCCCUCUCCCCUCACGUGUCUCCCUCUCACGCGUGCAUUCUUUCUCACGCCCACUACUUCCAGGCACCUGCUACGCAGGCUAGACAUUUAACCACAUUGUAAAUCUAGUUAAUGGAACAUGACGGGCCCGGUGGUUGAAGGCUGAGGUAGCCUGCCCAGAUGUAUGCUCGGUUGUAUCUUGAAAACCUUAUUCCUAAAUGAAAGCACACUAUUUUUUAAGCUGCAAGCAAAAGCUAUUCAUGGCUGGAACCUCACAUGUUUGUCAUUGUGUAUAUCUUAGCAGGACUAGACAUUUAUCAUGAUAAGACUAGGUACAUCUGUAGCUUACAUUGUAUGGUACAACUGUAUUUAUUAGUCGAAAUUUGAGAAACUGUCUGACUAUAAAAGUUCUGCUAUGCCACACCUGGUCAUUAUUUGGCUAGCUUGCAUGAAAGCAAAGAGUUACGGUAAUUUUGUUACCUGCCCUCCCUUCUUUUGGAGGAGUUGUGUUGUGUUAUAUCAAUAAAAGUUUGGCGGGUCACUCCAUGUGGUGUGGUUAAGUCUGCGUUGCGACUUCCCCCAAGAUUUUGGCAUUGCUUGUGUCUUGCCAUCUUAUUCCUUUGCCUUAAUCUUGUCUGAUCCAGCCCUUGCAAGGGCUGGGGAGAUAAGAAAGGUUCUGCCAAUACUCUUGCCCUACCCCACGGUAGUGGGCGAUAAGUGAGGCUUGUGUUAUUUUGUGCGCAUCGCAUCAAGUCACUAUAAACUGCCAUAGGGCUGUGUCCCCCCCUAACUACGCUUCCUUGUAGUUGUUGUCUUAUUUAGCCUGCCUGCGUUAUUUAGUCGCGUGACUUUAAUUUUCCAUGCAUAUCUCGAGCGAAAUAGUGAUAUUAAAUACCGUAAAAUUCCGAAAAUAAGCCCCUCCAUGUAUAAGCCCCUCCAAAUAUAAGCCCCCCAAUCCGGUAACGCAAAAAGCCCUCCGUUAAAUUGCCCCUCCAAAUAUACCAGUAAGCCCCCCGGGGGCUUGUACUUGGAAAAUUGCCCUCAAAUACGAAGUAAAACAAAGCAAAAACGGUAAAUUUAUUUUUAACUAUAUGGCUAGCCCAAUCGAUUUUGAAACGCAGAUUUCCCUCUGUAGAUAAGCCCCUUCGAAUAUAAGCCCCUCAAAAAGGGCCUUUGAAAAAUAUAAGCCCCGGGCUUAUUUUCGGAAUUUUACGGUAUUAGAAGGUCAAUAUGACCAGCUAGCAACUUUGGCACUAUAAUUAAGUUACACUGUAUUGAUUGUAAUGUUCCAACACUGUAGAGCUAUUUCAUUCAAAGUUUCUUUCAUUAAAGAACUGAACUAGGUUCUUUUAAUAAAAGAAACUUUGAUAGAGAUGUGAUGGUGAGUUUUUGAGACUGGUAAAUACAUUAGAAAGAUGAUUUUCAGUCACUGACACAGGCACAAACUGAUAAGUAAUAAAGAGUAGAGGCAACUGAAUUUUACCUAUAUGUUGUUACUGUAUUUUAUAUCAGGCGAAAGAAGAAGUCUCGUUCCAGAUCAAACAGUAGAGAGAGAAGUAGGAGAUCACGAAGUCGUGAAAGAAAUAAGGAACGCAAGAGAUCUCGCAGCAGAAGUGUUGAAAAGAGAAAAGACAAAACUAGCAAGAGACCAACAGAAAAAGAGAAAGAGAAGGAGAGAAAGAGAAAAAGAUCAGCAAGUGGUUCCCCACCAAGCGGAGCAUCAACAAGCAGAAGUCGUCGUCGUAGCCCUGCUCCCAGAAAAGAGGACAAAGACAGUCAACGAAAGCGAAGAUCUCGAAGCAGAAGCUAUGAAAAGAGAAAGAAGGAAAGGCCUCGUAGCAGGGAAAGGGAAAGAGAUAGAAAAAGACGUUCAAGAAGUCGCAAUCGUUCAACUUCUUCUGGUUCGCGAUCAAAGAGUAGAAGUCGACGUCCUGAACAAGAAAAGUCUAAGUCAAGGUAUAGUACUGUUCAAAAGUAAGUUGAAAGUCUGUUACGAGUCUCAACUCAACUUGAUCCUGUACGAAACAAGAUUUGAGAACAAGUUAUCGAGGAAUGAGUUGAGAAUUGAGUCUUGCGAGACAGGAACGAACAAUGAAUUCACCAAUGACUGAUUUCUGGAUUUCUUUUUACAUUGACGUACAUGUACAGUGUAACACAAAACAUAGCUUUCUGUGUUACUCAGGAAUGAAAUUUGUCGAACUGUGCUGGCUUGUUAUCAUUGAAUUUCUUUGAUUUAGUCUUUUACUUUUCUGUGAUAGUCGAGACAAAAGAAGACGAGAUGAUGAUGACAGCUCGGAUAGAAGCAAGGACACCAAAAAAUCCAAAGAGGUAAAUGAAUUUUUGCACUAUUGCAUGUCCUCGGUGUUUUAUACAAACCGUGAUAUGUAGGCCGUGUUAGACCUUAACAAUCUUGGGCUAGCCAGUUUGUUAAUUCACUGGCCAAUAAACAUCACCUGGCAGGGCUCAAAGUUAACGACUAAUUGGUCGCAUAUGCGACUGGAUUUUUGCUGCCGUAACAAACAAAGAAAUUUCACAAAUAAUCAAACAAACUGCUCCUGAUAUAUUUGAAGGAGGUGACGAAAUUUGGUUUGGAAGCUUUAGCAGGUAAAGCUUUGUCUGUUUGACUUGAAUUUAUUGAUGAAACCGGUGAAAAAGUUUUUUUGUUUACAAAUUCAAUUUUAGGUGGAAUCCACCAGGAAAUUGAGUAAUUUUAAUUUUCAGUGGACAAAAACCUUGUGCCAGAAUAAUUUAAAGAAUAUUGCCGUCUUUUUUACAUUUUUCAAGAGUUUAAGAUGUAAUAAAUUAUCUGUAGUGACACCAAAGAAAAUUUCUCAUGUAAGUCCGAGAAAAUGAAUGUUAAAUUUCACAAGAAUUGUGAUGACACAGGUAAAAUUCUGAAAAUUUCAUGUGUAAGAUGUAAUUCUCUGAAAUUUGACAUUCAUUUUCUCGGGCUGUCGUGAGAAACUUUUUUUGUUGUUACUACAGAUGAUUUAUUACAUCUUUAGCCCUUGAAAAAUGUAAGAAAGAAUGCAAUAUGCUUUAAAUUAUUCUGGUACAAGAUUUUUGUCCACUGAAAAUCAAGAUUACUCAAUGUCCUGGUGGAUUCCGUCUUAAGUCUUGCUUUAAUUUAUUUAGCUGACAUGGUCAUAAAUAAGCUUAAAACUAAAUUUAAUAGUUUUUUACAGAAUGGUUUCAAAUACCUUUUGAAGAAAUUUCCCCACAAUACCCCGGUAGCUAAACAAAUGCCUUCAAAAGUUUUAUCUGUCGGCAAGAAACACCACGGCCAUUCAGUCAUUUGCUCGCAAAAAUUGUAAUCAUUAGCAGCAGUAAAUGAGUUCAAAACCAUCAUUUUUGUGAUCAAUUAUCUCACUGUUUUAGUAGAAAACAAUUAUUCACCUCAGUGUUGGGAGCUAGUGGUUGGUAAAUAUGUCCACUUCAGUGAAUGAUUGUUAUUUAUCGUUUAACCCUUUCAACCCUGAGAGUGAUCAGUAUGAAAUUUCUCCUUGAAAUAGCAUGCUUUAUAAAGCAGAAUGGGCAGGAGAAUUGAGGGCAUGAUGGCAAAAGAUGAAUCUAUUUAAUACUUCAACAAAUUCUCCCUAUUUCCUCUACUGAAAACAUAUUGGGGACAACAAAUGAGGGUUUAAAGGGUUAAAUUGCAUGAACUAUUUCUUACCUAGUACAUGUAUUUUACUCUCUUGGUUCUUGCACUAAAAGUUGUAAAAUACUCAAAAUACAUCCUCUUUCGUUUUUAAUUGCUUCCUUUUCAAUAAUAGCGUAUUGGCAAGUGGCUCAUAUUAAAUUAGCAAAAGCCUAAUUUUGAUCGGUCUUGGACUAGACUAAAUUGAUAUAAUACACACCAAGGAAAGACAACAAUGUUAAAAAUGUUCGGGUGAUGUGUUUUUAUAGGCACAUAAAGUUUUUCAAGUUGUGCCAAGACAAAAGUUGGUUGCCUGAGGCACCCGGGCCCAUUUCUUGAAUGUUCUGUUAACUAAACGGUUCUGUAUGUGUAUUGCUUGCUGAAAUUGUAUCACAAAAAGAAGAUCGCGGGGGAGGGGUUGAUGUUUACUUUCACAGUAGCACUAGAGGAUCCAUCUGAUCCAUUUGGUGACUGAACCGUCUCCGGCUAAACCGAAUGGCCACAAAACAUUUUUUUAAUGUUAAUCAAGGAAUAAUAUCUUGUUCUGCGCUUAGUAUUAUGUGCUUGUCUCGAGGCGCAGACAACGUACAACAGAGAUAAAGGAUCUGUUUUGGGAAGCAAUGAUGUUUAAAAAUGCAUUAGGCUAAAAGUGUAUUAUUUUUUGAAACUGAUACUAAGAACAUGGUAAGCGAUAAUGUCUACGUUCUCGCGGAAAACAAGGACAUGACUCAAACACUAUAUGGUUCCACACGUCCCCGCUACUUGUCACUGAAAAAAUGAUGAUAAAAACCAAAAACAGAUUUAAAGUUUUCGCUACGCCUAGGUUCAAUCAGGGCAAAAUUCCAUCCCAAUUCGUUUUGUGUGAAUUCCUUUUUGUGUUUUGAAGUAAAUGUUGCGUUUGUUGUCAGCCGCUAAGUUCUUCAGGGUCGAUAAGCGAAACGGAUCAAUUUUUUCAGAGGCCUGGUGAAUCUCAUUUGCAUGCACGUUAACACAUUCAAAUCAGUAAUCUGAGGUGCGCAGAUUGAAGAUAUUGUAACGUCGAAAUGUUUAAAUUUGGGCCCGGUUCAAACGUGGAAUUUCACGUUCGCCGAACUUAAUGCGAGAGUUAAACCCCAUUUACACGUGCUAAAAAAUCAGCACGGCACGCCAAAUUUUUGGCACCGUGCCUCGUUUACCCGUGCCAAGACUACCUCCCGGAGGUAGUCUCGGCACCCCUAAAAAUUUGAGCAAGGGUGCCACAUUACAUUUGGGACCGAUCCGUCUAUACGUCGAAAAUUGGGAGUGCCGUGCCUUAAAAUCGUCAGCACGGUGCCAAAAAUUUGGCGCGCCGUGCCGAUUUUUUAGUGCGUGUAAAUGGGGUUUUAAAUGCAUGUGAAGUGCGACGUUUGAAUGAAUUAAAUUCGACUGUUUACAUGUAAAUUAAAUGCGACUUUCGCCGUAUCUGGGACUGGAACAGUCGAAGAUUUGACUUAGUUUCGACUUUCGAUUCAAACGUCGCAUUUCACAUGUGCCGAACUUUUAGUUUUAGAGACUGGGAAUACAGACAGCGAAUAGAGUUAAAUCAAGGCAGAGUUAAAUUGGACGUUUGAAUCAAAUGCCGUAUUUAACUAUUUUAGUCCUCUAAAAUAGGAAGUUCGGCACAUGUGAAAUUCGACGUGUGAACUGGGCCUUAAAAAGUAAAGCUUCAGUGCUGGCACUUUGCAAUACCCUACUCCCACCCGGAAAGCGCCUAGGUGGGCUUAUUUUUACAACAUUUAAAGUGCUACUACGAUCAAAUUUGGGAAUUUGUUUUUGAUUACAUAUUUCGAAAAUGUAUGUAAAAGUUACUUACCGUGCCAAGUUUGGAGUCCAAAUAUGAUCUGGAAGUGUGUUUAUUUGCACGGCAAUUUUCGUAAAUGUCUUGCCGCCAUUACUCGAUUCAAAAAAUGACCGGGAGUAGUAUUUGAAGGAGUUGGGGCGAGAUGUGACGUAGAAAAAUCAACGCGACAAAACAAGGCAAACAAACGUGGCUAAUUUCGCAUGCAGGACGAGAUAUUUUUGGAAGCUUUUGGAGGUUCUUUGUUCGCUUUUUUGACUUAAAGCGAAAGUAUGCUGGUAGACGUUGUGUUGUGCAGGACUGUGGAAACGUAAAGAACGAUGAAUUGGGAUUUCUAUUCAUAAUUCUCCUGAUUCGGGCAGCGUUAGAUUAAAGUGGAAAAGGUUCGUGUCCAUUCAUCGGAACGAUUUCAAAACAGUGGGAAAAUUUGCUGUGUGCUCGGAGCAUUUUACAAGAGAUUGCUUUACGCUUGCUUUUCCGAUGAAAGGCAUGAAAAGGAAUUUGAAGAAGGGGACGUUUCCAACCAUUUGGAAAAAAUCCUCUCAAACACUAUCAAAGCGGAGUCGACGAUCGGUGAGUGAAUUUACAAUGUCUACAAUGUAUUUGCGCUGUGCUUAUCACCAUUAUAUUUAUUUCCCCAUUUACCUGUGACAUGAUUUUUUCUGGCAUCGUUGUUCAAUAUUCGUGUAAUGAAUACUCUGACUAUUUGGACUUCCCAUAUUGUUGCAUGUGUUUUCAUACUUUUCUGCUUUCUUCUCAUAGUUCUAGUAAAACGGGCAUUUGCGCUGAGUGGACGUGAAGUCGAUUCCCCAAUUCCCAGACCUUCCACUCAAACGUAAAAUUUAGAAAAAGUGAAGCUACAUAGAAAUCCGGCUCUCUAUUUUUUGAGAGAUUAUCUUGCUGUUACUUUGAGAUUUGACAGUACUCCAAACUUCCCUCCAAGAAAUCUUACAGGAAAUUAAGAGUUACACGCAAGUCUUUAAAAACGACCAAAAAUGGACUUAGUCUGAUUUCUGCAUUCUAUCAGUUCAGUUACUGUUUGCGGGUUUUUUUUUUUCGUUAGUAUUUUAAUUCUAUUUUCACUGUCUGCAAAUGAUGCAUACAUUUUAAGGCAAAGAUGUGGUUAAACCUUGCUUCCAUUUCUAGUUUUGAAAACAUCGACAUAAAGCUCAAAUUUAAACUUGUUUUGAAGGGGAGAUAUAAAAAAUGGUCGUACCUAUUUUCAUUUUUAGCUACUAAAUGAAAUUCUGGCUGGUCAAACUACUAAUGAGGAUACAGAGGAAGAAGACAAUCCUGAAGAAGAGGUGAUCUCUUUGAAAGGAAGUUCUGCACCUGAGGAGAGUGCUGACUCUAUGGGGGCUCCCAAUCUCAACCCUUAGGAGUCUCCAGAAGUCGAGGGUGUUCUGAAUACAAGUCAGGGUUCUUUGCUUGAGGUAAAUCCUGAAAAGGAGGGCUGCAUCCCUGAGACUGAGACGGGUGAGAUAAGUGUUGAUGCUGAGAUGGCUUCAGAGGUCCUAGGUACUCCAGGUGAUAAGACAGCUCUCCAGAGCCAAGGGAUUUCAGGCACUGAUGAGGUUACUGAGACCAUGCAGAUCCUGGAGGCUCAGGGAAUCGAAAAAGCGCAGGAUAUGGAUGAAGUUAUGCAGAUUGAUGAAUCAUUAACGAUUCCUGAACUUGAACAGGUUUCUAUGGUAGGUACAUAACUCUAAUUAAUGUUUAUUUGCAUCUUUGUAUUAUCAUGACAAUGGAAAACUACAUGUGCAGCUAUUUUACAACAAUACUAAAACACAAAAAUUCUAAAGUCUUGUUGUUACAGCCUGUAUUAAUGUUGAAAGUUUGUUUUUUGUAGGAUACUCCAACUGGACAUGCUGGGAAUUGCACAACAUACAAAACCUGGAGGAGUGAGGUGACUCAGUUAAGGGGGCAAAGUCACAAGACUGAAGAGUAAGUUAAUCUCCAAUCAAGAUCAGUGGGUUGAAACCUUUAAGAGCAUACAAGAGCCUAAGCAGUUGCUGAUGGUGAAUGCUGGUGAGUCAACAAUAAUUGAUGUUGAUGAGUCAUAUAGGCAUAACUGCCUAUCUUUAUAUUUUUAUUACAUUUAAUCAACAAAAUUUUAAUGGUGAUAGAAUUUUUUUAAUUCCAUUUGUUUAAGCUAUUCAAACUGAUCCAUGGCCAGUAACAAAUGAGACAGAGUUAGGGCUAGAGGAUGAAUCAGAAGAUGAGCAGGAAAUGCAGGACGACGCGUAUGAGGAGUUUGAGUGUGAUGAAGACCCUACAUGGAGUCCUAAAGAAAUCGAAGAUGCAUAUAAAAAACUAAAGGAAGAUGAUGACUCGGUGAAGACUCAUCAGAACCCAAGGUACAAAGAGCAAAAUUUAUUGCAUUUUAACAUCUUAGCUCUAAGUAUCCUCUGGGAAGUGAUUUAGGCCUAAAACUAACUUCCAUUAUGAGAGGAUCUAUUUAGAAACAAGAGUACAUGAAAUUUGUUUAAUAAUUUACUCAGAUAAGAAUUGUAAAAAGUCCCAGGCCUAAAAAUGUUUGGUUUGUCCACUCAACCACUGGUAAUAAAUUAUGCAUCGUUGGGGUGGGCUAGAUAGCUUAAGGGCUCAAAGUUGUUAUGUGUGCAAUCAGCAGAAUUAUUAUAAAAAAGCAUUUUUCAGGAUGUAUCUGAGAAUAAAAUCCCAACCCACAAUUAGCCAGGUUUACAACAAGUUGAAAAACUGGCAACACCCUGAGAAAAACAAUAAAAAUGAUAAUCAUUCUUUUAUUGUUAUUUUAUUAUUUCAGAUGCUAUGAUUAAAUGAGUAUUUCCUUUCAAUCAUUUUUUACAGGUUGGAUCUACAAGAAAAAAACAUUCGAGAGGAACCGAAGGGAAUUGUUUUCCUUUCCAAACUUCUUCUUUUGUUUCAGUUCUGCCACUUGUGCUUCUUUUCAAAACCCAAACUUUCUGUAUCACAGACAGGUACCUUGUUAACCGUAGAAAGUUUCUGCAGAAACUGUAGCCAGAAAAAAGUCUGGAAGAGUCAACCAGUCCUGCUAGGAAAGUUCCAGCAGGUAACCUGCUAUUAAGUUUUGCAGUGCUUUGUCAGCCGAGUGAAAAGAAAGAAACGAUACAUUAAAAAUGUAAUUAAAUUCAGGCUGAAUUCAAUUUAAUUUUUAUUACUUGUGUACAUGAAAAUCAACAGAAUUAUUAUAAAAAAGCAUUUUUCAGGAUGUAUGUGAGAAUAAAAUCCCAACCCACAAUUAGCCAGGUUUACAACAAGUUGAAAAACUGGCAACACCCUGAGAAAAACAAUAAAAAUGAUAAUCAUUUUUUAUUGUUAUUUUAUUAUUUCAGAUGCUACGAUUAAGGUGGCUCCCUAGAGUAUUUACUAAUAAUCCGAGCUAUCAAGCAUACGUUACAGAGGGAAAUCUAGUUACUUUGUCUUUGCGAUUUUGUUCACGAGAUUGACCGCUAAGGUUACCCAUAUAAGAAGGCUCCUUUAUCAAGUUUCAUUUUCUGGAUUAAGGCCGUUACCAUGGAAACAUUGCAUCCUUAAACAGGCAGUAAUUUUGUCAUUUUUGCCCAUUUUUCCUUGAUAGUUCUAAUUUCCCGCGGUGAAAUGUCUUUAAACUUUGCCACUUUAUAUUAACGAUAUUGCUUAACAUUUUAAAGUGGAAAAACAUGGGGUCGUUAAGACGGUUUUGCCAAUAUUUCGAAAUUUGUACUUUUUCUUAAUAGAGGAGUUUAGCUCUUACAGAUUUUGACAAAAAAAUGGCAGUACAAAGGUACUACCAUUGUUAAGAAAUGAGGCGAUUUUUAAAAUAAUUUACCGAAGGAAACGCGAGAAAUUCAUGGUUAACUGCGCUGACGUCACAAAAAUCCGAAAAACACGCGUGGUUCGGGGUCGUGUGAGCAAAAUACGCGCGCGAGCCAUCACGCCCGCAUGCGCAUAAUGCACAAAGCUACUGAAAACAUGUGGUUUCUUUGAAGAGUAGGAAAGCCUUUUUUUGAAGCCGUUUAUUAGUAUCAUUACGGUGAUAUCUCGCCAGUUGAAAAAGGAGGGAUAGCGGAUUCAAUUUUAUACCUAACACAGGAUGUUUUCUUCGAAAAACUUGACUAUUGUAGCUAAAGUUCAAAGCGUGGUGGUCACUCGUGAGGAUGGCGAUCGUCGGCGAUGAAGACGGUGACCGAUGAAGACGGUGGUUGUGCAAGGAUCGCAAAAAGGCCUUCUUUUUUUAAUCUGCUAUACACUGCUUGCAGAUCUUCAAAUGUUAGCCCACUUCCGGAUACUUUUUAAACCUUCUUCUUCUUUAGGGAUAAUUUCGACGGCGAAGUUUUUCUUUUAAAGUCUGCUGUAAAAGAUAGCGCCGAUCUACAAUUCGUAUAUCAUGUCCUCAGCUACAUGCACAAGACCGUAGGUCUCGACGGACAACUACUGCUUUCGUCAAGGGUCAAUCUGUGAGUAAAAAUUAUUUCUCGUUGUGCAAAAACAUUGUCCAUUUACUUCGACUAUUUAACGUUUGUCUACUGUUGAAGCGAAAGAAUUGAUGUCUUUGGAAAAAAUUUUUGCUUUGUUUUUACAUACAAUUUGCUCUUUUAAGGAUCGAUAUUGACUUGUAACCGGUGUAACAUUGUCUCCUCUCAUAAAUGUUUGACCUACACUAAACAAACUUUUUGCACAAUGAGUUUCAAUAGAAAGUUAAUAAAGUUUUUUGUGGGGAAUAUUUCGAAACUGAGAGGCCAUGUUUGUUUUAAUUUUUGCGUGGACGUCGCGCGGAUUUUAAAGCUCGCGCCAUACUAGUGCUCAGGCUGCGACCGGCCAAUUUACUCUAGGGAGCCACCUUAAAUGAGUAUUUCCUUUCAAUCAUUUUUUACAGGUUGCGAAGAGGUCAGGGUCAGAAAAAAGUCUGGAAGAGUCAACCAGACCUGCUAGGAAAGUUCCAGCAAGUAACCUGCUAUUAAGUUUUGCAGUGCUCUGUGAGCAGAGUGAAAAGAAAGAAACGAUACAUUAAAAAUGUAAUUAAAUUCAGGCUGAAUUCAAUUUAAUUUUUAUUACUUGUGUACAUGAAAAUUGGAGCAACAUCAGAAUUCCCAGCCACUAAACUUGAGUUUAACUGAACGCUAGAAGAACAGGGCUUCACACAGUAGGCAAGUUUGUCAUUCAACAAAAAGCGAGUAAGUGGCUGAGAAUUCUGAAGUUUGGCCCAUAAAAUUAAGUGCUUACGGACAAGUAUUCAAGCAACUACUGUAGGUCCUUCUUGGCCCCAAUGGCAUACAUGACACUCUUCAAGAACAAACAGUGCAUUUAUUAUUCAUUUUCUUCAUCUUCGAAUCCACGAUAAUGGCCAUUUUGACUCGGAAAUUGUUUCCUGAUUUUAUUGUAGGCACAACAGGGCAAGGGGUAUCGCCUGGAACUACCAAUAUAACUCCACAGCAGUCUUCUUCCCUGACCUCUUUGCAGCGAUCGAUCUCUUUGCAGCAAAUGCACUCCUGCGCUUUUGUAACAAGACUGACAGAGCAGUUCGAGCACGAACACCUGCAAAAUAAUGUGAAAAAUUCGUCAAACACAAGAAAAAUACGUCUGUAUAAAAUUAUUAAUUGUCUGACCUCUUCAAUAAAACUAUCGAAUAAAAUCAGGACCACAGCUAAUCACAUAGCAACGAAAUUGUAAACUUAAACAAAACACACAGUCGCGUUCGUCACGCGCACGAUUUAACGACGGGUAUGUUGAAAUUGGAAAAUGAAAAUAUAAAUCUACAUUCCAUGAUAAUACCAUACCAUUCAUUCGCUGGCACCUCUCCCGAAUAUCUUCGUUAAAACUGUUGUUCCUCUUCUUCUUCGCGAUGAACUCUUUCGUUGUAGUCCGCGGCUUCUUCCUCGGUAGCAAGGGGUUCGCAACUGUCGUCGCACGGCACAAAUUCAGACAAUUCCCCCAUCACUUCGUCAACUGUAAAACUUUCUAGAUCACUUUCAGAUGUGCAGGAAGAGGAAUCCGACGGAGAUGACAUCUUAAACGUCUUGUUAAAAGGCUCUAAACUCACAAACUUUUCCCAAAUGCGAAUCUUUUGGUUGAUGUUUCUACGUCACAGUGCAUAAAUCACGUGGUCAAACGCACGACCGCUUUGCGGAGAUCUCGCGGGCUAUUGCUUUGCGAACUUUGUAAUGGCGGACGGUAUUUACGCACUUUUCAGUGGGAAAUUUCCAGCCCCCGUACGCAAGUAUCGUUCCAAUUUUUCGCUAUUUGUAUAAUUUUGAACAUAUACAAAAGAUUUAUGUUAAAAAAACUCGGAAACAAAAACAAAAAUUUUCGUCGUAGUAGCACUUUAAAGAAAAAUCCUUUCCGUGUUCCCUUAAAUAAGUUUUAGUGGCCAGCAGCUAGAGAAUAAUCUCCUUUUCGGAUCGCUUUUUUUUUUUCGCCAAUGCCAUAUAGUAGAUAUGGCUAAAAAUGAGAUUGCAACACGUCUAAGAGUUAGGUAAGGGUACUGCAUUUUUGUUUUUGGCGCAUGAAGAGAAACGAUUUCAACCUUUGCUCUUGCGUUCAUUUUUUCCUUUGCCACUCUUUCCAUCGUGUGUUCCACAGACGAACAAAGAGCCUGUUUAAAGAAGUUCGUAAAAGAAGAUUUAACUCAGUUCUUCAAAUUAACUUCAACUCUUAAACCGUGUUCAAGCUUGUAUUUUGUAUUUUGCAUUUAUUGUGCCACACAGAAAAAUUUCAUGAUUAGAAUUACAAAAAAAUACAAAAAUGUAGUGGCGAGGAGGCCGAAAGGAAACUAUAAAGCUGAUAAUGUUAACUUAAGGCCUCCUCAAUUACAAUUUUUCAAAGAGGAACUAACAAUUACGGCGACGGGUACAAUUAUUAUCAAAGGAAAUGAAAGUAACAAUAUAUUAAGGAAGUUUAUAAAAGAUGAAUAUUAAACAGUUUUUAACACGAAUUUCAGCAUAAUUUUAAUCAUGUUGCCGUAAUUCACAUGAGCGCUUAAAUGAUAAUCCACUCCCUUAUUGUACGCCACUUAAAAGAUCUUUGAUUUUAUUCUUAAAAUGCAAAAACUCAGUGGAGCAAGUUUAAAAAAAGCAUUUUACGUCAGCUUUUUUGCCUUUCAUAUUUUGAGAAAUAAAUGUUUUCUUGUUAGCGUAGAUUAAAAAGUUUGUGAAAAUACUUCAUCAAGGAAAACCUGCUAUAUGCUUAGUAACCGAGGCUUUACAACUAAUUGACAUCGACCGAGUUAAGGACAAUUUAGAACAACAGAAGUUAUUUCGUUUAAAUCAUAUUAAAAGAUCCUGCCUUUCUUUUCCCUACAACGUUCAUCAAUUCGUUUUUUUAAUUCAUUUUUCCAAAGGUUCCAAGCCUCAGGAGUGCCUCAAACAUGGCCCUUUCAAUAGAAUACACCAAACAACAGCUGAACUACUUCAGAAUUUGUUAUGUAAUCACUGAUAUUCUAGCCGAAGGCCUCAGAGAAGUUUUUAAACGUGAAUGGGACAAUGAAUACAAAUCAACAUCAUUGGGAGAAUGGAAAGAUUUGGGCCAGAAUGGAAAGGACUUUUGCAACGGCGAGUCUCUAAGAAAUCAAAGAAGAAACGCUCGUCAUUUGGCCACCAUGAUAAAUGGAAACAGAGCGGAAUGGGAUUGCACAGUGCUGUUUUACGCCAUCCUUUACUCUGAUUGUGUCGGACCCUACCUUUUAACAACAAUCAGAAACAAUGUGGAUGAUCUUAGAAAUUUUAGAAACGAGGAAUUUGCCCACCUACCACAGGGAAGUCUCCCUGAGAUGGAUUUUCAGAAUGCUAUUGACAAAGUUUAUGUAGCGUUUAAUGCACUUGGUCUCCCUACGGUAAAAAUCGAUGAGAUAAAAAAUCAGAAAACUUUCCCAACCGAUGAAUUACAUACAAUUCUGAAAGAGGUUGACGAUGUUAAACAAGAACUUCAAGAAAAAGAGAACCAGCGCCAGGUUCUUGAAGAUCAGCUUCAGAAAGAAGCGCCCUCGUUCUGUAUUCUCCCUCCUAAACCUCCACACGAAAUUGAAAGCCGUGAAAGGGAAGUAGCACAAAUAGCCCAUCAGCUAAGGGAACUAAAAGAGGCCAACGAGAACAGAUUGAGUUAUCUGUACAUCUCAGGGAAUCCAGGAAGUGGCAAAUCACAACUAGCUGGCCUCGUCGCUGAAAGAUUCCUUGAUGAAGUAAAAGAAAUACCGGGCACUUUGUCCUUUGUAAUGACAAUAAACGCUGCCAGUCAAGAUUCACUUUUGGAGUCAUAUGCCAAUUUUGCUCGUCAGUUAAAGUGCCCAGACUUUUCAGUGAUGCAAACCUUGAGCUCUAAGGAUUGGAACAUUGAGGAGAAGAUUGCCAAUCUCAAGAUGCUUAUUGCUGCAAAAAUUGGGUGUUACACGUCGUGGCUGCUGGUGGUGGACAAUGUGACUAAACUGAAUUUUGUACAUGAUCACCUACCACAGUCUGGGACCGAGACGUGGGCAAGAGGUCAGUUGUUAAUUACAACCCAGGAUACAAAGUCCAUCCCGUUGAAAAGCUCUUUCAUCAAUCACAUUUCAGUAAGCCAAGGAAUGAAUCCUUACGAUGCCACUUCCUUAUUGGCCAAGCUUUCUGGGGUCUUCGACAACGAGCUAGCAAAAAACGUUGCCCGGAAACUGGACUAUCAGCCACUUGCUUUAGCAGGCGCGGCUGUGUUUGUCAAAGACAUUCGACAGGACAAAGCAUCGAAGCACUUUGGCUGGAACGAAUACCUAAAGAUUUUACAAGAAGGAAAACUAGAAACGACCGAGGAUACCCUUGCUGACACCAACCCAAUUUAUCCAAAUACGAUGACUACAGCAAUAAGGUUAGCUGUCGAAGCACAAGUCAAAUCCGACAAGUUUUUUGAACACCUAUUCAGAUUUCUUUCCCUGUGCGCACCACAACCAUUAAACGUUGACAUAGCGGUUAGUUACCUUUUAAACGUUCUCGAACACGAUGACAAAGAGGACAAGGAACACAUUCGCAGGAGAUUCAGAAGAUGUUCACUGCUUCUUUUAGAGGAAGACGAAGAUAGUUGCUACUACAUUCGUGUACAUCAGGUUGUGCACGACGCAAUGAAGUGGGUAAUGAGUGACUGUACAAAGAAUCAAACGAUCAAGGUUGUAAGUGAAGCUGUUACAUCGUUUAACAAAUUUAUAGUCACAAUUCCACACGAAAAUAGAACAUUGGACACUAUGCACAUCAUUCCGCACGUAAGCGCCCUUAUUGUACCAAUUGAUACAGUUAUUACGACAGAAGAGAUGUCUCAAGUCCAUGUUCAGGACAUUUCUGAAACAUUGUCGAAUCUUGGCAAUAUAUGUAAAAUGCACUGUGAAUUUAACGUGGCAAAAACAUACUUCAAAAAUUCUCUCGAUAUUCGCAUCAGGCUAUUGGGUGACCAAAAUGUCGAUGUUGCAUCUGGGUACAAUGACUUAGCUUUAAUUCACCAGGACUUAGGUGACCUUAAACAAGCAAAGGAGUAUCAGCAACGCGGUUUAGAAAUCGAACACAAGAAGCUUGGUGCUGAACAUGUUUCUGUUGCAAUAAGCUGCAGUAACCUAGCUUUAAUUCACAAGGACUUACGUGAACUUCGAAAAGCAGAGGAGUAUCAGAAACGUGGUUUAGACAUCUUUGUCAAGAAGCUUGGUGCUGAACAUGUUGCUGUUGCAAGAAGCUACGGUCAGCUAGCUUCAAUUCACAAGCACUCAGGUCGCCUUGACCAAGCAAAGGAGUAUCAGGAACGUGGUUUAGCCAUCUUUCUCAAGACGCUUGGUGCUGAAAAUCUUUCUGUUGCAACAAGCUACAGUAACCUAGCUUUAAUUUACAAGGACUUAAAGAAGCUUCAAAAAGCAAAGGAGUAUCAGCAACUUGGUUUAGCCAUCCAACUCAAUAAGCUUGGUGCUGAACAUGUUUCUGUUGCAACAAGCUACGCUAACCUAGCUUCAAUUCACUAUGACUUAGGUAAGUUUGAACAAGCAAAGAAGUAUCAGCAACGUGGUUUAGAAAUCGAACUCAAGAAGCUUGGUGCUGAACAUGUUUCUGUUGCAACAAGCUAUAAUAACCUAGCUUUCAUUCACAAGGCCCUAGGUGACCUAGGUGACCUUGAACAAGCAAAGAAGUAUCAGCAACGUUGUUUAGCCAUCCAACUCAAGAAGCUUGGUGCUGAACAUGUUUCUGUUGCAACAAGCUACAUUAACCUAGCUUUAAUUCACAAGGACUUACGUGAACUUCGAGAAGCAGAGGAGUAUCAGAAACUUGGUGUAGCCAUCUUUCUCAAGAAGCUUUUCCAACUGUUUUGGUUGAACCCUUGACAGAACAAAAGUUUAGCUAGGUAUGGGGAGCGGGAACUGGGUCCCAGCUUCUGCUCUUUCCUUCUUCUCGUGAUACGUAACCUCCUUUGUCAUAACGGAGAGCUUGUUACACGCUGCGCCUGGUAAGGUAAUAGCGGAAUUCCGGGGGUGCCUUAUUGCUAUUCCUGUACACAACCACAUGUAAGCCCAUGUCAAAGCUCAUUUUCACUACUACAUAAAAUGACAAUACCCUGCCAUUUAUAUAUGCUACAAAUAUGAAGAUUAAUUGACAACUGUCAAAAUCGGGCAACCGCUGACUAAUUUUGCAUGACCUUCAAGCUGGUUCAGGUUGUAAGACCGAUCCUUUUCCCCUACGUGUGAGAAGAUAUAAAAUGUCACACUUACCGACAUAGGGCUAUUAGAUCAGUGGUUAAAGUCACAACAGAGACUUUAUUACGGUAGAAAUGGAAACGUAUAGAUACAAAAUAUUUUGGUAGUCAAGUGACCGCCACCUACACUUUGGAAUAGAAAAAAAAACGAACAUAAAGCCGAGUCUUUUGGUCGACUAAAUUUUAAUGUCUUCAUUGACGUCGACGAUAGACAUAGAUUGACGUUGUAAGAAAAGUAUGAGAUUUUUAUAGCGGUGGUAAGAAAAUGAGAAGUGCUAGCGACCUGCAAGGUGAAGAUGAGCGAUAGUGCCCAAAAAUGAAACAGGAAGACAGGCAAGAACAUGCGACAUCUCUUCCAUAAACGUGUUUUAAACUACGGUUUCAUUUUGAGUUGUGCAACAACAAAGGGAGAGAAAUGUAAAAAAAUGUGCUGCACAAUUAGACCUUUCUCGUUGCCGUUGCCGUUAAGAAUUAGACUACUGUAUUUUAUUUUUUGAUGUAGUAACUUAUAAGUAUAUUAACGAGAGUUUCGCUUUUAGCCCGGGCUGCAUGGGAAAGGAGCUAUUGAUGCAUCUUGUUAACAAAAACGAAGAUUUUCUAGGUCCACUACUGAAUUAGUGUGGAGACAGCCUGAGAUCCAGAUACAAAAAAAGAGAGUAAAGUUUUUUGCUAUAUUCCCAUUUUAUUUAAUUUACUUUCACUACCCUCUUAAAUUCAGGCAUAGGUUUGCCCAAUAUAGUGAGGAUACAAAUUGCAAAGUAAUCUCAGCGCUAAAAUUUUACGUUCCGACAGUUAUACAAAAAUAGUUAAUUAUUCUAGCCUUAGAGGAAUCAUUACUAAAUGGAUAGAUAUGAGAUAUAUCACUUUUAUGCAAAAACAUCUUGCUUCAAUACAAAGUCAAAGGGACUGCAAAUGGAUUGCAAAAUCAAUUUUUAAUUCUGUCAUUUAUUUUUCAAACUAUUUUUAUACAAGAAUGAAUCGUUUUUGGAAUUGCUUUUUACCAAUUAAGAGUCAUAGUAGUAGGUAUAACAUAUAUCUUAAGGCAAAGUACAGGC